AUGCAGGCCGCCGCAGCGCGCGCGCGCCGCCUCCUCGCGUCACCGGCGGCCUCCGGGAUCCAGGGAAUCCUCUCCGCCUCUCACCGCGGGUGCGCGGCAGCCGCCGAGCUCGCGCUCCUGCCCCAUCUCGAGAAUGGCUUCCCCGCCUCGCGCUCCUCUCCAGAUCACACCAGGAGCUUCUCCUCCCACCUACCUCGUACUUUGCUAUCGCGAACCGUAACUUCUCACUGCCGGUGUAAGAAAUCAGUGUGCUUGUGUAGCUAUGCACACUCAAGCGGAUAUCACAUGGCCAGAGCUCAUUUGUCGACAGACUCAAGCGGAAUCGACCAACCUAAAGAAUCUGCAGAGGAGCUGUACCAGAAAAUGCUGAAGUCUGUUGAAGCCCAGACUAUGCCGCCAAAUGCCUGGUUGUGGUCAAUGAUCAGUAGUUGCUCCAGUGAGGAGGAUAUAAAACUUCUCUUUCAGAUUUUGCAGAAGCUAAGAAUAUUCAGGCUAUCAAAUCUUCGCAUCAAUGCAAACUUCAACGACCAUCUCUGUAUGAAAGUUUCUGAGGCUUGUGCUCGUGUGGGUGUCGUUGACUAUGGGUUGAAGGUUUUAUGGAAUCAUAAUGUUUAUGGAAUAACGCCAACCAUUGGUUCUGCCCAUUAUCUACUGCAACAUGCUAAAGAGCACAAUGAUACUAAACUAAUGGAGAAGAUAAUGCAAGUCCUUAGAAGGAAUUCCUUGCCAUUACAACCAGGCACUGCUGAUAUUGUCUUCAGUAUCUGCUAUAACACUGAUAGAUGGGAUUUACUCUCAAAAUAUGCGGCAAGAUUUGUUCAGGCUGGAGUCAAGUUGCGUCGUACUGCAUUUGACGUAUGGAUGGAAUUUGCUGCCAAAGUUGGAGAUUCUCAAUCUAUAUGGAACAUCAAUAGCCUGAGAGGCAAGUCUAUCAAGCACUAUACUCUUACAUCAGGUUUUGCAUGCGUAAAGGGGUCUCUGCUUGAACGCAGGCCAGAUAAUGCAGCUGCCACCAUUAAACUUCUUCACAAGCACCUGCCUGAUCAGAAGAAACCAUUUGUGAAAGAUGAGCUCCAAAAGCUUGUUGCUGAAUGGCCAACAGAGGUGAUAAAAAGGCAGAAGAAAGAUGAGAGGAAGGCAAUGGAGGAAGCUUUGAUUGAGGACAUCCCAAAGAUGAUCAGCUCCAUGUCGAAGUCGGGCCUCGAUAUUUCCGUGGAUCUGGACAAGCUCACCCGUCAGCCUGAAGCAGCGUAG